AUGGAAACCCCCCAAAAUUGCCCAAGGAGCAGAAAAAUGACGGUGUCUAAUUUUUUCGUUAAAAUUUUUGUUUUUACUUUAUUAAUUUGGACGCUAUGUGGUUCCAAUAGAGACAAUAUCGGUGAAGGCUAUUCUUAUGAGAGUAAGCACGGAAAAGCGUUACAUGUGGGACAUGGACGAAUAUUAACUGAAGUUGCAGGCAGUGGAAUACAUUUCGAUUACCACAAUAAAAGCGUAAAUUUGUCGAAUAGUGUGGACAACGGAAAAACUGGAAUUGGUAAUGAAGCAUCCUCUGGAAGUACGUAUCAACCGAUGGAUGAACAAGUUGCAGAAGGUGCGAAACAUCUUAGAAGCACAAUAAAUAAUGUUAAUGACACUAAAAGUAAAUCUAACAAAACAAAAAGAGAUGAUAUGCCGUUGACUCCUUUAUUUUUUGCGAAAUUGUUAUUGAACGAACCAGAAAAGGGACUUGAUAUAAUAAUGCUUUAUGCAGGAGGAUUUCUAAAAUAUGGCCGUAAUCGUUGUUGUUAA